UUCAAAUAUUUUUAAUAGUGUUGAAUGUUAUGAUCCUAGUCAUGAUUAUGUAGUCAAUAUUGCUAAAAUGUUUUAUCGUCGCUAUGGUGCGGGCGUAGGAGUUUCAGACGGUGUUCUGUAUGCAAUUGGUGAUUCUAAUGGAUCAGUGGUACUUAUUAGUGCUGAAAUGUAUAGACUAAGUGACGAAGAAUGGUCUUCUAUUUAUGAUAUGAAUCUUUCCCGAUAUAGGCCUGUGGUAAUUGCAUUAGAUGGUUUAAUGUAUGUGAAGAGUGGAGUCAAAUCUGCUGCUUCUGCCAACAUAGAAAUUUACAACCCUAAAAUCGAUACAUGGGAAGUCAUGGAAUUUGACGAAUCUGACGUGUUUCCAGGUUAUAAGAUUUAUGCUGGUAUGGUUAUUAAUGGGCCAUCACAUUUCAAGACUAAUUAG